AUGGGCGGCCUCAGCGCCCGCCCGAGCGCUGGGAGGACCGACCCGGCGGGGACCUGCUGGGGGCAGGACCCGGGGAGCAAGAUGGCCACGGUCAUCCCCGGCCCCCUGAGCCUAGGCGAGGACUUCUACCGCGAGGCCAUUGAGCACUGCCGCAGCUACAACGCGCGCCUGUGCGCUGAGCGCAGCCUGCGCCUGCCCUUCCUCGACUCGCAGACCGGCGUGGCCCAGAACAACUGCUACAUCUGGAUGGAAAAGACCCACCGCGGCCCUGGUCUGGCCCCGGGACAGAUCUACACGUACCCCGCGCGCUGUUGGAGAAAGAAACGGAGACUUAACAUCCUGGAGGACCCCAGACUCCGGCCCUGCGAGUACAAGAUCGAUUGUGAGGCACCCCUGAAGAAGGAGGGUGGCCUCCCCGAAGGGCCUGUCCUUGAGGCGCUACUGUGUGCUGAGACAGGGGAGAAGAAGAUUGAGUUGAAGGAGGAGGAGACCAUUAUGGACUGCCAGAAACAGCAGCUGCUGGAGUUUCCACAUGAUCUCGAGGUGGAAGACUUGGAGGAUGACAUUCCCAGGAGGAAGAACAGGGCUAAAGGAAAGGCAUAUGGCAUCGGGGGUCUCCGGAAACGCCAGGACACCGCAUCCCUGGAGGACCGAGACAAGCCGUAUGUCUGUGAUAUCUGUGGGAAACGGUAUAAGAACCGGCCAGGGCUCAGCUACCACUACACCCACACCCACCUGGCUGAGGAGGAGGGGGAGGAGAACGCCGAGCGCCACGCCCUGCCCUUCCACCGGAAAAACAACCAUAAACAGUUUUACAAAGAAUUGGCCUGGGUCCCUGAGGCACAGAGGAAACACACAGCCAAGAAGGCGCCCGAUGGCACUGUCAUCCCCAACGGCUACUGUGACUUCUGCCUGGGUGGCUCCAAGAAGACGGGGUGUCCCGAGGACCUCAUCUCCUGUGCUGACUGUGGGCGAUCAGGACACCCCUCAUGUUUACAGUUUACGGUGAACAUGACGGCGGCCGUGCGGACCUACCGCUGGCAGUGCAUCGAGUGCAAGUCCUGCAGCCUGUGCGGCACCUCGGAGAACGACGGUGCCAGCUGGGCGGGUCUCACCCCCCAGGACCAGCUGCUGUUUUGUGACGACUGCGAUCGGGGUUACCACAUGUACUGCCUGAGCCCCCCCAUGGCGGAGCCCCCGGAAGGGAGCUGGAGUUGUCACCUCUGUCUUCGGCACCUGAAAGAGAAGGCCUCUGCCUACAUCACCCUCACCUAGGCCUGGCUCUGGCUCACCCGGACCUCUGGGGUGGUGCUUACCUAUCUGCCUCUCGGAGCUCCUCCACGCUCUCUCCGCCCUCAGUGCCCCACAGUGGAGGGGACAGGGGAAGCCCGAGAGGGGGCGGGGCCACCCCCUUCCCUCUGUGCAGGUGGAAUGUUUGCCCUGUGGGUUGGUGGGCCCAGCAGGGCCCCUCUCCCUUCCUCCCUCCUUCCCCAUCCCUUGGCGAAUGGG